AUGCUAAAGAAAUUUACUUUUAUAUCUUUAAUUGUGAUUAUUAAUUUAUACCCUAUAUUAUGUUUAGAUCAUUUGAAUUGGGAUUAUUUAAAGUAUCAAGAUAUAUUUUUUAAAAUUAAACAGUUGGAAUCACGAUAUUAUACUUCAAAGUAUGAUUGCGAAAGUAAAGGACUAUGCCCUGAAUACUUUCCAUUAUGUAGUGACUUAAGCCAAUUUGAGAAUACACGUAAAAUUCCAGUACUUAAACCAUCAACUAUGAAAAAGUAUGGACCAGAAAUUGAAUUAUUACAAGUACAAACUAUAAUUCGUCAUGGGGCAAGAACUCCAACAAGGCUCCAUAAAUGCUGGGAAGGGAUGAGUCAAUCAUGGAACUGUGAUGACUUAGUUGCAACAGUCCAAGCAUCAGCUCAUGACUUGUAUAAUAAAACUAAAACAUUAGAAUUUUCUAAACAUUAUGAUAUCAGACAAUCAGAAAAUAAUUUAAAUGGAACAUGCCAAAUGGGGCAACUAUUACUUGAGGGAUAUUUGCAGCAAAGAAUAAAUGGUCAAUUGAUUGCAAAUGCAUAUUUUCCCACAAAUUCUAAAGAAUCUUUAGUAGUUGGAAAACCACUAGAACUAGAGAGAAAUUUAAAGUUAAGAAACAACCCAGAUUUUUCUAAGGAAAUUUUUGUAAGAUCUUCAGAUAUGCAAAGAACAACAUUAUCUGCAGCAGCCCUUAUUACUAGCCUAAUUGAACAAGUUGUUGGUGAAAAUGAAACAUUUGAUCUAUAUCAAAGAUUUCCUUUACAUAUGAUGGAUAUGCAGUCUGAUUACUUAUUUGCUAAUGCCAAUGCAGAAAAUAUUACAGAAGAUCUCCGUUCAGCUUUGCAUUCAAAAGAGUACUAUGAUCAAAUAGUAAAACAUCAAUCCCUAUAUAAAGAGUUGGCUUUACUAGUUAAAACACCCCAUUUAGAAGAUCUAUGGCCUGGUGACAUAAUGGAUUGCAUUAUGACUAGUAUAUGUACGGGUAAUAGCAAUAGAUUACCCUUAGGAUUCCUUCAAGAUAAUUUAUUAAAUAGGACUAUUCAUGCAAUAGAAGAAGAACUUGCAACUAUUUAUAGUUGGGAUAACUCAAAGUUAUCAAAGUCAGAGAUGGCUAGACUUCUGCAUGAUAUUAGGGACUACCUAAUAAAAGCAAUUAUUGAUCAUGAAAUAAAGAGAGAUAAUACUGAAUACCUAAGAAAUAAGUGCAAAAAAUUAUAUGUAGAUAAUAAUUCAAUAGAAUAUAUGCUUGGAGUAAUUUGUGAUGAGCUUGAUUCUUUAAAAAUAUAUCCAGAAAAGAAAACUUGGGUCCCAAAAUUUAUAUUAUGGUCAGGCCAUGAUACUACCAUUAUUCCAACAAUGGCAGCAAUAAAAGUAUGGGAUAAAAAAUGGCCUCCAUAUGCAUCUUCUUUUAUUAUUGAACUUUAUAGAGGUAGCCAAAAUGAAACUCUUAACAUAGAUCCUGAUAUAUAUACAGAUGAAUAUCAUCAUGGUAAUAAAGAAUCAUAUCAACUUGAUAAGAACCUCCCUUAUUUUAUGAGACUUUUGUACAAUGGAAAAGUUAUUACACAUAAUCUAAAUGGUUGCCAAUAUCAAGAACUAUGUCCAGUUCCAAAAUUUUUUAAGGAAACAAAUUUUGUAAAUCAAAUAAAUAAUCGUUUAGUUAAAUCAGCUAGUGAAGGAUUAAAUAGUACAGACUUAUCUCUAGGAAAUUUGUCACAAAUAAGACAGAAUAACUCAGAAUAUAAGAGUAUUCCUUUAAAAACAAGGUUAUCAACAAACUUUAUUAGUAGCCCAAAUAUAUCUGUAAUAUGGUUCCUAGGAGGAAUUAUAACAGCUACAAUAAUAUUUCAAAUAGCAAAGAUUAUCAAGAAGUUAGUCCCAUUCUUAAAUAGAAAUAACAGUGGUGCAACUGUAGACAAUUAUCAGGCUCUUUAG